AUGAAUCCCGUGGGCUCUAGUCCGGGCACAGAGUCAGGCAUGUGGUGUCUCUGAAAGGCAGCUCUGCCCUGGCUGGAGGUUUUCUCUUGUCCAGACCAAGACCAAACCCAAGGACAGAGGCAGGACGCACGGUGGACACAGGCCGACAAGGCCUGAUGGCCAGCCGGAGAUGGCCUCCCCCGGCGUGACCUGCACAGGGCCUGGGCGGGAGGCACAGGGGAAGGGGGCAGAGUCCCUGCUUCCUUCUCCCGGGGUCGGCGUGCCUCAGCCCCCGGCCCCCUCCCGGCCGGGACUCCGCUGUCACCGGGCAGGCCGGGGCAGACUCGGACGCCAUUUCGGCAGGCCCCGGCCGCCGGCCCCAUCCCCUCCCCGGGCCCGGGCGCUGGCUGGUGGCCGAGGGGCGGCCCGGUGGCCGGGAGGAGGCCGACAACCGCAGCCUUAUCAGCGCUCUGCAGGCCGGCUGGGCCCCGGGCCGCCGCGGGUCCCCGGUUGCCGGCCCAUGGGCGGCGGCGGCAGCGGCUCGGAGGCGCCUCCUCCGCCGCAAGACCCGCGCGGCGGGGACCGGCAGCAGCAAGCAGCAGCAGCAGCUCCGCCGCACCGGCCGCAUGGCGGGCUACCCGCCGCGCCUGCCCUGGCUGCUGCCGCUGCUGCGGCGGGCGGCGCCGGAAGGCAAAAGUUUUCGAAGUUAGAGGACUCUCCCAUUUUGCUAGUAGUGUCGGCUGAUGCCUCUGUGCGUGUUCAACGCUGGCUUCACAAGCAGCCUGCAAUGAACUCAGGCCUGAGACUAUAUGGAACAAAGUAA